AUGGCAACUACUGCCGUUGUGGCGUUAGCCUCAAGUACAAGGAUGCAUCGUUGCUAUGACUCGAUGCUCGGAGGGGAAGAAUUCACCCACGAGCUGAUUAAUGGGCACCCCGCUAGGAUUAAAAAUUUAUUGCGGGUAUCAUCUGACACGUUUCAAGAUUUUUGUGCCACGUUGGUGGAAAAGGGACUUCUGGAAUGCCAUUCAAGACAGCGAGUAAAAGUUCAAGAGCGCGUAGCAAUAUUUUUACACACAGUUGCCCAUUCGAACCGGCAACGUUCCACUGCAGAACGUUUCCAACACUCGACAUCGACCAUUUGCGACCACGUUAACGAGGUGGCCAAAGCGCUUGUGCGCCUAGCACCUCAUGUCAUCCGGCCUGGGGACAUGUCGUCCCCUGCGAGGAAGAUUCGUGAUUCCCCAAUUUUUUGGCCGUACUUCAAGGAUUGUGUGGGCGCCAUGGAUGGAACAUUGGUGCACGCAUGCUUACCUUAUAGGGAUCAACGACUCUUCCGCGGGAGAAGGGGUGACACGAUGCAAAAUUGUCUUACGGUUUGUGAUUUUGACAUGAAGUUCACGUAUGUGCUCGCUGGCCUGGAAGGGAGCGCACAUGAUGCUUGUGUCUUAAGGGUCGCUAUCCGAGAGCUAGGCGAUUUCCCCUUCCCGCCGGACGGGAAGUACUAUAUCGGGGACUCUGGGUACAUGAACGCUCCUCAGUGCCUUACACCGUACCGCACAUAUCGCUAUCAUCUAUCGGAUUUUCAGGGAAACAACCCACGUCCUCGAGGUAAGGAGGAAUACUUCAAUUACCAACACCCACAAUGCCGUAAUGUCAUUGAAUGUGCGUUUGGUUGUCUUAAACAUCGUUUCGCCAUUCUUCACGGGCCAAUGCCAAACUACAAGUUUGAUCGCCAAGUCAACUUUGUAAUGGCCUGCGCCAUCGUGCAUAACUUUAUGUUACUCCAUGGUGAGGAUGUACUAGAUCACGCCGCAGAAGGCCACGACUCAACUGAUGAGAAAUCAGUCCCUCAACCGGUUGCACACAAUCGCCAAACACCGAACCCGGGCCGUGAAGACAGGGAAAAUCAGAAUGAAUUAUGUGAUAUGAUUGCAGACUGGCUUUGGAUUAAUAGAUACGAGCACAAGGAAGAGUUUGACUCCUUGUGGCCUACUUAG